AUGAAUAUGCUUCCACCAGUAACCGUACCAACUUUCCUUCAACCUGUUAUUCAAUCAUGGGUUGCUUGGCUCUCGUUUACAUUUAUUGCAAUUCCGGUUUCUACCUUUUUCUUGAUUUGGGAUUUCCCAAAAUCCAUUUGGCGAUUGCUCUUCUCUGAUUAUCCUAAAGUUAUUCUGAUUACUGGUGCAAAUUCUGGUAUCGGGGCAGAACUUGCACUUGCCUAUGCAAGACCAAACACUACUAUUGGACUUAUUGCUCAUCGUUUAAACAAUGUAGCAACAGCCUGCAAAAAAAAAGGUGCAACUAUUCGCGUAAUGUCUUGUGAUAUUACUAAUCUGGAAGAUUUAAAUAGAAACAUCGAUGAGUUUGAUGAAGCUAAUCCGAUUGAACUAUUGAUUGCAAAUGCAGCCCAAAUUGGCAUUACAACUGAUCAAGAAUUAUCCGAUCAAUGGGAAGAUUUAUGGCAUAGGUAUUUUGAGGUAAACGUUGUAGGUACAUUGGCAACAGUUAUGACAACAUAUAAAAAAAUGUGUGACAGAGGAAAAGGUCAAAUUGCAAUUACUUCAUCAAUUGGCGGACAUUUUUCAAUGCCACAAAUGAUCUUUUGCAAUUCAACCAAAGCAGCGUUGAUUUCUUUUGCACGCGACCUUCGUUAUUUGGCUGCACGACGUAAUAUAAAAAUCAAUCUUAUCACACCAGGACUAAUUGAUACCAGUGAUCCAAGACAACCAGUUCAACUUCCAAGAAUUUUCAAAUCAUCUCCUAGAUCAUUGGCAAAAAUUAUUCAAUGGCAAUUGCUUGAAAAUCGAUUUGAAAUUACUUGGCCUUUCGUUGAAUAUUUGCCGGCUUAUGCAACUAGUAUUUUACCACCUAGGGUUUUAGAAUUGGCUACUUAUAUAUUUGGUGUAGUUACCGGGUUCAUUACUGGUACUGGUAAUGUUGCUUGGACAUAA